AGAAGGAAUAAUGAGCGAAACUACCAGCUGCUCAAAUGCUCAGUCAUUCGUUCCACACGAUACAAAGGCAAACGAUGCCAAGUCGGUAUGGUCUCAUUAUUUGGUUGCUAGAGACAAAAGUGAGGUAGUCAAAUGCAAAAAGUGCAACAAAAUCUUACAAACGAAAGGUGGAUCCACUAAGGGCUUACACACGCAUUUAAAAACACACAAUUCAAACAUUGUGCCUAAGCGAGAUGAACGUGAUGAGUCGCCCGAGCAUGUUCCUUGCAACGAGCAUGUUCCUUGUUUUUUUUGUUUAAUGUUGUUUUAUUAACGGUUACAUUCAAAAGUACCUGGUAUUUAUAUUCUUAUUUGUGAUGUAUGCG